GAAUACAUUUCCCAGCAUGCUCUUCUGAAAACACAACUAGCACAUGGUUCAACAUGGCGGCGGAUAGCAGCAGUAGCGACGAUGAAGAGCUGAAAAAAUGUCAGGAGGCAGUCUGGGACACGCAAGUUCAAAAAAGGAAGGAUGCAGACAGCAAUGUGAAGGAGUCAAAACGUGUUGUUGUCGCUGACCAUGAACAUGACGGCAAUGAGCUCCAAGUUACCAAAGGAUUUCAAACACAUGUGGCCAAAAAACUGGGACAUUAUCUUGACAGUUGCCUUUCAGAGACACAACCUAAAAAUUCAAAAUAUUUGGGACUAACCAACUGUGAAGAUGGUGAUGAUGAUGGAGGAUUUCGUCUGUUUUCAACAUCUAUCCCAGGACAGAAAGUGAUUGAGCCUCCAGCUUGUGCGAGGCGUAGACCUGUCCCAAGUUCAAGCGACAGCGACAGUGAGAUGGAAUCGAGGCUGAAGGAGGCAGCUGUUUCUGUGGAAGAUCUUCUACCCGCAUCAACACUCGCGUCGUCCUCAGCAGAGGCUGUCAGCCUGGAAAAAAUAAAGGAAAAUACAAGAGAAGGAGAAGAGAAACCCAAGAAAAAGAAGAAAAGGAAAAAACAAAGUAAUGAGGAGAGUGAACAAAAUGCAGCUUGUGAUUCCACACAAAGCAAUGGGAGUUCAGUGGGAACUCACUCGUGUCAAGGUAAAAAGAAAAAGAAGCGUAAAGAAAUCCCGGAGGAGAAAGCUUGACCUACAUUCGUAUUUUAAACAAAUAUCCACUGUUUUGGGGUGUAUUUUUUUGUUUCAGGGAUAGAAUCCUGAGUUGAUUCUAUCUUACAGAACAUGUUAAGAAUCAAAUUGGCUGCUUUGUUUAUUACAUUGUUCUUCUCUACAUAUAUAGUUAUUUUUAUAAUUGAAAAUAAAACAAACGAGGCAUUGUUCUCAAGUUUCA